AUGGGAUACACUGACCCUUCAUCAAGCAGGGAUUUGCUGGGAAACAGAACUUUGUUCUUCAUAUUCAUCUGCGCCUUUGCCGUGGUCACCUUGCUGCAGCAGAUCCUCUAUGGGAGAAACUAUCUCAAAAGAGGGCUGCAGUUUAGCUGGCAGAAUGGAGAGGAAUUGGCAAAUUGGACCGGCACCUUUAAUUUCACGGAUGACGGAGCAGUGAAGAGUGGCAGUGACACAGGCACCAGGUAUUUUGAGUUUUAUGAAGGGCCUUUGGAAUACAAUUCUACCAAAUGCCUGGAAUUACGGCAGGACAUCAUUGAGGUGAAGGUUUUGUCUAUGGUGAAACAAACUGAAUUGUUUGACAGAUGGAAGAGCCUACAGAUGUGCAAAUGGGAGAUGAAUGUCACAGAAGCUAAUUUAUUCAAGUCUACUUUGUCGAGGUGUUGCAAUGCCCCUGCCUUUCUGUUCACCACCCAGAAAAAUACUCCCUUGGGAACUAAACUGAAAUAUGAAGUGGAUACUAGUGGAAUCUUCCAUAUCAACCAAGAAAUCUUCAAAAUGUUUCCAAAGGAUAUGCCGUAUCACCGCUCGCAGUUUAAGAAAUGUGCGGUGGUUGGGAAUGGAGGAAUUCUGAAGAACAGCAGAUGUGGCCGGGAGAUCGACAGUGCAGACUUCGUGUUUCGAUGCAAUUUGCCUCCUAUAUCUGAGAAAUACUUCAUGGAUGUUGGGGUAAAGACAGAUGUCGUGACUGUCAAUCCCAGUAUAAUUACUGAGAGAUUUCAUAAGCUGGAAAAAUGGAGGAAACCCUUCUACAACGUGCUCCAGGUCUACGAGAACGCUUCCGUGCUGCUGCCAGCUUUCUACAACACUCGCAACACGGAUGUCUCAAUCCGGGUCAAAUAUGUCCUGGAUGAUUUUGAAUCUCAGCAAGCUGUUUAUUACUUUCAUCCCCAGUAUCUCAUCAACGUCUCACGCUACUGGCUUGGCCAAGGGGUGCGGGCCAAGCGGAUUAGCACUGGACUGAUCCUGGUGACUGCUGCCCUGGAGCUCUGCGAAGAGGUCCACCUUUUUGGCUUUUGGGCCUUCCCCAUGAACCCCUCAGGGAUUUUUAUAACUCACCACUACUAUGACAAUGUGAAACCUCGCCCUGGUUUUCAUGCUAUGCCCUCAGAAAUCUUCAACUUCCUCCACAUGCACAGCAAGGGGAUCCUGCGGGUUCAUACAGGGACCUGUAGCUGCUGUUGA